UGGAGGGUGAAAGAUGGAGGCGCCAGGCCCUCCUCUUGACCCCCCUCCCCCCCCAGGGCUGUGCUCAGGGGCUGACUCAGCCCAUUCUCAGGCCCAGAACCUUCCCUGGGCUAGACCCUGGGGCCUUUGUCCCUGAGUCAUGAGGUCUGAGGGGGUGGGGACAGUGCUGAUAAAAGGCACCAGAGGCGGCUCCCACACCCUUCCUCAGAGCUGCUGCGACAUGCAGGCCCGGACGCAGCCCCUCGCCCAAGCCCUGCCCUUCUCCCUGGGAGGGGUCCUGCGAGAUGCGGGGCUCCGGGUGCCCGUCAUAAAGAUGGGCACCGGGUGGGAGGGCCUACAGCGGACCCUGAAGGAAGUCGCCUACAUCCUCCUCUGCUGCUGGUGCAUCAAGGAGCUGCUGGAUUAGUGGCAGCGGGGAGCUGCCCCCCUGCCCGCACCCGUGGCUGGCGUGGCUCAGUGCCCAGCCCAGCCCCCACCGAGACUCCUGGGCCAGCUGCGCUUGACCAAGGAUGGGCCACAAACAAUGAGUGCAGUGUGGAUCCUGCUGAGUUAGUGCCGGCUGUCAGCCCUGCCUAUCUCUGGGCCUCCAUUCCCCACCCCCGCCCCCCACACACACCCCACCCAGUGGACCUCUGGUGCACAGGACCUUGGCUAGGACCCUAAUGAGACUGCGGCAGGACCUGGCACUCCAAGCCUGGCACAGUGAGCCCACCAGCCCAGAUGGUGCCGUAUCCUCUUAGUGCCAGGAAUGGGCUGCCCCUAAUAUUGUUUGCGAAUCACUGAGCUGUGUAUACAAUAAAUAGGCCUUGAGACCCAGA